AUGCAGAACGUCGUAACCAUUCUUUGCACCUUCGGUGCAUUGGCUUAUGCACAGGACAGCUUGACGGAUGCCAGCUUCUACGGCCUCAGUCCACCAGUGUAUCCGGCUCCUCAGAUCAAGGGUCUGGAUGCCUGGGGUCAUGCCUAUCUCAAAGCCAAGAAGGUCGUAGACCGACUAACACUGGAGGAAAAGAUCAACAUCACAUACGGCCCUCCUGUUGCGCCCAAUGGCUGCGCUGGAACUAUCUCCUCGAUUAAGCGGGCUGGGUUCCCCGGCUUGUGUCUGAUGGACGCUGGGAAUGGGGUCCGCUCGACAGAUCUAGUCAACGCAUAUGCUUCCGGUAUCAGCGUGGCGGCAAGUUGGAAUAAGCAGUUAGCCAAAGACCGUGCUCUUUUCAUGUUCAAAGAGUUUAAAACAAAAGGCGUCAAUGUUGCGCUGGCUCCAGCUGUCGGCGCGUUGGGCCGUGUUGCCAAAGGCGGAAGAAUCUGGGAAGGCUUCGGUGUCGACCCAUACCUCUCUGGUGCUCUCGCCUCUGAAACUAUUAAAGCUGCAGUUCGCGUUGGGGUGCAGACUACCAUUAAGCACUACAUAGCCAACGAGCAAGAGACCAACAGGAGUCCCGAGAAUGAUGUGGCAUCGGUGUCUUCCAACGUCGAUGACAAGACACUCCACGAGCUAUACUUGUGGCCCUUUCAAGACGCGGUCAAGGCUGGCACUACUGGAGUUAUGUGCAGCUACAAUCGCGUCAAUGGCUCGUAUGCAUGUGGUAACAGCAAGAUACUCAACGGACUACUCAAAACUGAGUUGGGCUUCCAGGGUUAUGUCCUGACCGACUGGGAUGCGCAGCCCAGUGGUGUUGCCUCUGUCCUGGCUGGUCUAGAUAUGGCUAUGCCCACGACGAAAUACCUCGGCCUCAUCAAUUUUACGCAGGCUAUCAGGAACGGCUCUGUGCCACUGACUAGAUUGAAUGACAUGGCCACGCGAAUUCUUGCCAGUUGGUUCUUUACUCGUCAAGACUUGGACUUCCCCCCUCCAGGAAUUGGCAUGCCCCUCAACACCUCUCAACCCCACCGAAGGAUCAACGCAAGAGACUCAGCUGCAAAGAACACCAUAUUAGCUGGCGCUGUUGAGGGCCACGUGCUUGUCAAAAACAUCAACAACGCGCUACCCCUCAAAAAGCCCCUUGAAGUCGCCGUUUUUGGGUACAGUGCCCACGUUCCACGAAUGUACGGACCCUCUGGUAUUGGUACCGGAUGGCGCCUGGGCUUCAGCUCUGCGAACGUCUCGCAAGUUCUCGAAAAGUUUGCAGGAACGUUUGUACCGCCCUUCCAAGAUACCGCUCGAUACGGUACCAUCAUCAUCGGCGGCGGGUCUGGCGCCAAUGCUGCACCGUACAUCUCGAGCCCCUUCGACGCCCUUAGCCAGCGAGCCUGGGAGGACGAUAGCAGUAUAUCCUGGGAUUUCGAACAGCAGAAUCCAACAGUCGCAGCUGAAGCGGAUGUGUGCCUUGUCUUUAUCAAUGCCUUUGCAUCAGAGGCUUUUGAUAGGCCACAACUAUAUGACCAAGACUCCGACAAAAUUGUUCUGAAUGUUGCAAGACAAUGCAACAACACCAUGGUCGUUAUUCACAAUGCCGGACCUACACUUGUCGAGGCUUAUGCUGACCACCCGAAUAUCACUGCAAUUAUAUAUGCGCAUCUCCCAGGCCAAGAUUCUGGGCGAGCCCUUGUCUCGCUGCUGUACGGGGAUGAGAACUUCAGUGGCAAGCUACCAUAUACGAUUGCCAAGAAAGAGUCGGAUUAUGGCCAACUGCUGGACCCAGUUCAACCCACUGGCGCAUAUAAGCUUUAUCCGCAGAGCAACUUUACAGAGGGUACAAAUAUCGACUACCGUCAUUUCGAAGCAAACAGGAUCAUACCACGUUACGAGUUUGGAUUUGGAUUGUCAUACACAAACUUCAGCUAUUCCAACCUGGCUAUUCGUCGAGCUUCAUCGGCGAGACUCUCACAAUACCCCACUGGAGCCGUUGAGUCAGGAGGCCAGCGAGAUCUUUGGGAUACUUUGGCCGAGGUGACCCUCGACGUACGUAACAUUGGGCAGCGGAAGGGACAAGAAGUGGUACAGCUGUACCUUCAGCGCCCCGAUGGUUCCAAAUGGCUCAGAGGCUUUGAGAAGAUCAAACUGAGCCCGGGUCAGACUCCUUACCUCAGUGUUGUUGCCAACGUUAAAAAACUGCGCUACAAGCCUGGCGGGCAAAUUGCAACAAAAGCCAAAAACCGGGACAAUAUGGCCAUUGAGACCAAUAUCUCCUAA